AUGCUCCCUGAUAUCUCCCUUCUUCUCUUGGCGGGUGUCAUGUCCGCGGACGCUCAUGCGCUCCCUGUCGUAGCGGCAGCGGCUGAAGCAGAACCCACGACGGUUGGCGUGUUCCUUGGUGCUAAGAGGGAAGGCGAGUACUCCUUCGACGCCAGCGUUAUUGCAGCGGACGCCGUGGCUACAACGUAUCAGAUCCGUUGCCAAUCUGGCCAUCUCAACAUGCCCGGCUUUCCUACAACCACCUGUGACCAGAAUGAUCCUCCCUGGACGGUCACUGAAGGGCCCUCAACCAUGGUCGGCAUCUUGUCGACGGCAAUCGCGAGUGUGACGGCCGUCUUGGACGAGACGUGCGUGAUCGAAGACCGCACUGCCGCCUACUGCAACUACACCUUUUCGGGCGAAUCGGCGGGCACGACUACCUCGACCGCAUACACGACAAUCAUCACGGGGGAGCUGUUCACAGCAUAUCCGGUCGUGAUCACGGCGGGGGCUGAAAAGCUGCCUGCUGCGACUGAUAGCCCUACACUUUGA